UUUUAAUGCCAAGCUUACUGCGCGUGAACAUCACGUCACCCCUCCGGCACUGCCUGCGAACGGCCGCGCAGGUGUAUUAUACGACAAAGAUGUAUCUGCAUCGAAGAGACCAGCACGUCUUUUCAACCAACGGAGCUGGAGAACGCGCUGCCUCCCUUCCCCAGCCGUCGCAUCAGGCGGCCUAUACUUCGAGUUACAUUCACAGUUACAGCCAAGGCCAAAAUCAGAGUCAAGCCUUCAGCAACGCUGGAAGUAGCAGUACUAGCUUUCGCCUUCGCAUCCGGACGCUCGAACCGCUUCCUGUACGCACAUUCCUCAUUGCUUUCUUCCCGGAGCGAGAUUCGCUGCAGGGUGUCCGAGAUCGAGUGCUCGAUGCUUUGAGAAGGAGGCAAACGGUGGGGUCGCAGACUCCGCCUUAUGCAGAGGUGGAAGAUGAGGCGCUGCUGUUAAGCAUUGGUGGAUUUGAAGUUGACGAGGUAGAUGUUCUGCGCGAUGAGGACCUCAUUGAAGUUUCUUACCGUCCAUCCGGGUCUCAAGCUCUUCAAGCCAUGGCAAAAUCCGAAAUCCUAAGCAGCGCAACGUGCAAGCGGCCUCGGGAAUCUGCGUACACACAGAAAUCAAUCUCUCCAAAUGGAAGGUCAGAUAGCCCUCUUCACGAGCAUACAGAUGACCUUGCCAUGAUGGCGGAUGCGAGCCGUGUGAUCGAACUGAUGCGGUCCGAGCUAGGUGUCGUUGGGCGGCCUGAAAUGUCCAAAGCCGCCAUGUACAUCGACACCGCAUCGGAGUCAGACACGUCAGGAUUGCCAAAUCGCAAGCGGCAACGGCUGAAGCAAUCGUCACUGCCGUCUUCAACGACAGGUUCAUCGGUUCCGACCGUUAAUGCGGCUCUGCAAGCUUUCGAGGCAGCGAAAGCAGCGCGUAAGCGCAAAGAUGACGUUGUCAAUUUUGAAUAUGCCGAUGCUCUCGAUCACUCACCUUCCGAUGGACCUCCCUCUGAGGCCUCCCUCCACAAAGAAAGAAAUGGAGCAGCUCAGCCACUCCAGCAUUCGUCAGAAACAAAUGGCGAGGAUUCAUCGGAUGGGACCUCGGACGAUACUUCGGACGGGACCUCGGACGAUACUUCGGACGGGACCUCGGACGGCUCAUCUAGCCUGGAAAGCGAUUCUUCACUUUCGGCUGAAAAUUCAGACGCAAAUGAGCAGGACGCGGUGGGUGCGGCGCCUGCCGCUUUGUCGGUAUCCUCUUCAUCUUUAUCGUCAACACCUCUAUCGACCGAAGGCUCAACACCUUCGGUCGCCACAUCCACGUCGGAGGCCUGCUCCUCUUCCUCCGCUUCCGCAGCGUUAAAGGCGACUGAUGAUCAGCCAGCUGUCCCCAAACCUCCGCCCCGGCAUCGAUACGUAUCUCCGCCCCGGCCAGUGACUCCGCCUGGCGGCUGGGUACCACCGGGUUGUGGAAGUCUGCGUACCAAGAAGCGAAACAGAAAGCGGCGAGAGAGAGCUAAAGGCUUAGCGACUCCUGAAGUGCCGCGAGAAUCUGUGACGCCACAAAUCAGCGUAGGGUCGAACAAUUCCGAAUUGACUGCGCAUAAUCAGAAAGGAGAAACAGCCUCAUUUACCCUUGACACUCGGCCCGACAUUCAAGCACAGCCUGAAGAGUAUCACACUCACCCAGCGUUGUGCCGGAAUGGCCCUUACUCCGACUUCGAGAUUCAACUGCCGCCGGGUGAAGGCAGCCUCGGUAUCGAACCUCAGUCCAAGCCAAAAAUCCAUACGCGAAGAGCGGUUGCGGCUGCCAGGUACAUUCCGCGUGAGUCGGACAUCAGCGCCGCUGAGGCAUCCCUAACGUUUGACCGGGGCAGUCAUCCGGCGCCAGCACCAUCCAUGCGCGAACCAAGUAGCAUUCCAACGAAUAUGAAGAUUACCAGUAUCGACUGCCCUGCGUGGUACAAUCAGCAAUGGGUAGGGGAUGACGAACAUUUCGAUUCUGCUGCGAACGAAGAGACAACACAGGACGACGUGCCGAAUAUGACUGCAGCUAUGGAGUAUGAUGGCGCAUGGGAAGGCGAGAUUGAGGUAGCCGACGCUUACAAACAGAUGCAGGCGCAAACACGCGAAGCACUACAAGAAGAGAAGGGGCGCGAGCAGGCAGCUGAGCCUUACACUUUGCUGGGUGCGGCUGAUAUCGCGGAGGCCGAGGCGCGCGACAUGCAGAAGUGGAGUCUCCCACUUGCUUUUGGCAAGACGUCUGGUUUUGCAACUUCAACGCCCUCUUUCGCGACAGAUGAGCUCGACUAUGGGUCAAUUGAGUGAUCCUUGCAUUAGCAUUCGUUGGCAUGCAAAUUCUUUUGUAGUUGUCAAUGUAAUGUGAUUGGAUGAUUUGGCAUGCGACGUCAUCUUCUGUCUGAAAUACUUAGUUGACAUUCAUAUGACAUGAUGAUUGAGAUGACAGGAUGGGCAUUGUAUUAGGG